CAGCUAUAAGUCAGUAUCUCGCUCCUUGAUUAUGGUAUUGCUCUAGAUUGCUGAUGGUCUAUAUGCAACAGAGACGUUGGAUCCGAGUACGCCAGAAACAUCUUCAAGCUCGGGAAGAGGAUGCUGUUGGUCAUGUCCGAGGGACUUGGCCUCCGCUCAAACCGUCUUCUGGAAGCAUUCGAAGACAUGGUUCUUCUGACGAGAGCCAACUUCUAUCCGGCUUGCCCGAACCCGAGGCAGGCCUUGGGGAUGGAAGGCCACACUGACAGCGGCGGCCUCACGUUUGUGCUCCAGGAUGGAGUCGGGGGAUUGCAGCUCAAGCAAGGCGAGGAUUGGUACAAUGUGAGGCCACUCGAGGGAAUGCUGGUGGUUAACAUGGGCGAUCAGCUAGAGAAGCUGAGCAAUGGGAGAUACAAGAGCAUAUUGCACAGGGUGAUGGUGAACUCGAAGAGCUCGAGGCUGUCCGUUGGGGCGUUCUUGGGGCCAUCACUAGAUGCGGAGAUCAGCCCGAUUCCAGAGCUGGUGAGCCAGGAGAGUCCGGAAAAGUACCGCAGCAGGACUUACAGGGACUACAUGCACGAGGUGUACACGGAGCACUUCUCCGGGAAGAAUGUCUAUGUGGCUUGA